AUGACCAUGAAAAAAAAUAAAGAUUUCAAAAACUUAACCGAAGAAGAAAUAAUUGCUCGUUUAGAUAGCGAUAAUUAUGAAGGAGGGAAUAUUGGUUUGCCCGAAAAUCCUACUUUGGAAGAAAGGACUAAAUAUAAACUCUGUAAAUCAAUUUUGACCUACCAACUAAAAAAUAAAUUGUCUUUGGGGCAAGUAGCCGAAAAGUUAGCCAUUUCCGAAGAGGAGUUAUAUGACAUUUGUCGAGGCAAGAUAAAUGAUUUUUCUAUUUCUCGUUUAAUAUUCUACUUGGAAAAAUUAACCACCGACUAUGAAUUGAUAGUGUUUAAUAAGAAACAAAUAGGAAAUGAAUUAAAUAUAAGAAAUAGUUAA